AUGAAGCUGUUGGAGAAUUCCAGCUUCGAGGCCAUCAACUCACAGCUGACGGUGGAGACGGGGGAUGCCCACAUCAUUGGCCGGAUUGAGAGCUACUCCUGUAAGAUGGCGGGAGACGAUAAGCAUAUGUUCAAGCAGUUCUGCCAGGAGGGCCAGCCCCAUGUGCUGGAGGCCCUGUCCCCACCCCAGACCUCGGGGCUCAGUCCCAGCAGGCUAAGCAAGAGCCAGGGUGGCGAGGAUGAGGGUCCCCUCAGUGACAAGUGCAGCCGGAAGACUCUUUUCUACUUGAUUGCAACGCUCAAUGAGUCCUUCCGGCCAGACUAUGACUUCAGCAGGGCCCGAAGCCACGAGUUCAGCCGGGAGCCCAGCCUCAGCUGGGUGGUGAAUGCCGUCAACUGUAGCCUGUUCUCGGCUGUGCGGGAGGACUUCAAGGCCUUGAAGCCACAGCUGUGGGAUGCAGUGGAUGAGGAGAUCUGCCUGGCCGAAUGUGACAUCUACAGCUACAACCCGGACUUGGACUCGGACCCCUUUGGGGAGGAUGGCAGCCUCUGGUCCUUCAACUAUUUCUUUUACAACAAGCGGCUCAAACGCAUCGUCUUCUUCAGUUGCCGCUCCAUCAGUGGCUCCACCUACACUCGCUCAGAGGCAGGGAACGAGCUGGACAUGGAGCUGGGAGAGGUGGAGGAGGAGGAAGAAGAAGAGGAGGAAGAGAGAGGAGGCAGAAACAGCGAGGGUGGGGCUGAGGGGCCCAGUGCCAUUGAGGAGGAUAGGGUCCAGGUACUGGAAGCUGUUGGGCGACUUGGAACCUCGGCCUCCAACAUGGAGUCAAACACGUUCAACGAACGCAGCUCCUUCCCAGUGGAGGGCAACAAUGUGACUCUGGACAUGGACCUGUACGACACAGAGCUCUAUGGUAUCCCGGACCCAGGACUGCUCAAGGAAAGGAAUGGGUUGGGGGCCAAAGGCCAUGCGGUGAUAGCGCUUCCGCUGCCGCACACAGCACGGCUGUUCUCAGACGGCACUCAGUUCCUGCAGACUUUUACCAGUAGCCCGCGAUGGCACACCCUGACCCCGCGCACCCGCGCCCGCCAGCUGUGGCUGCUUCUGCGCACAGGUCUCCACGACUUGGUGGAAAAGGUGCGGCCGCAAAGCCUACUCUGGCACAGCCCUUUCCUAGGGCUCCCCCUGGUGGGAGUGCGCCCUGCCCCCUCGCUGACCCCUCAUGCGCCCGGCCCCCCAUUGACCCCCGGCCCACAGGAGAAGAGAGCCGAGCUGUGCGUGGCGCGCUUGACACACGGGCUGGAGCCGCUGCGUCGCCUGCACAUGGCGGCCGGGCUGCUUGCCGUGGCCCCGGACCCGCUGGGUGGACGCCUGGUGGUACUGGACGGAGCGGGCCGCCUCCACCUGCACAGAGAGGAUGGCUGGGCGCGUGAGAAGCUGUUGGCCCCCACUGAGAUCGCGGGGUUGGUAGCUGUGCCAGGCUCGCUAGGUGCUGUGAGCCGCUUUGUGGGCUGGGGCCCCUCAGGGCUGUCUAUAUUAGGGCCCAACUUCCGCCUGCUCUGGCAGAACGGGCCACUGGUGGGCAGGGUGCAGAGGUUUGAGCCCACCUGCUGCCUCCCAGUCCCCGAGUCGGGACUACUGGUCGUAGCCGAGGCGGGCGGCGGCCUGGGGCUCUGGAAGUUCCGCUCCGGCGGGCGCCUCCUGGUGCCGCGCGGGCCUCUCCUGCAGCCGCCGCGGAACGUCCCGGGCGCGCUGACGCGUCUGGCCCUGGGGGGCGCACUGCCCUGCCACCACCCACACUGCUUCGCUGCCUACGGCUCCGCCGUGCUCACUUUCGAUCUGGACAGCUGGGCUCUUGUGGAUGUGCGCCAGGACCUGCAUAAAACCACCAUCUCGGACCUGGCGUACUGCGAGGAGGUGAAGGCCAUGGUUACGGCUUCCCGGGACAGCACGGUGAAGGUGUGGGAGGCCGACUGGCAGAUCCGGACAGUGUUCGUGGGCCACACAGGCCCAGUGACAGCUCUGGCGGUCCUUCCGAACACGGCCCUGGUACUAUCAGCCUCACAGGACGGGACGCUGCGCACAUGGGACCUGCAGGCGGUGGCGCAGGUGGGCGAGGUGGCACUGUGCUGUUGGGGCAGUGACGUGCCGUCGGGGCGUGUGAGCAGGCUGCUGGCACCCGCCAGUCCCGGCUGGCCAGUGCUGUCCCUGAGCGCGCGCAGCAUGGAGCUGUGGUGGCGCCCUCUCUGCCUGCGCAUGCGCACCCGCCGCUACCCAUGCGCCUCGUGUGUGCAUGCGCAGACGGCUCGGUCUGCCUCGUGUCCGCCACGAGUGGGCGCACGGUGA